AUGAUAAAUCGAUUUCUACCUUCCACACGCCAUCCUUCAUCUGCCCACACCAAGAAUGAAAAAGAAGCCUUUUGUCAAAAGUGUUUCACGAGUGGUCAUUGGACCUAUCAAUGUACAGAGAAAAAUUCAAGUCAAUACACAAAAAGGCCAUCCUAUACUCAACGAUUGGAAAUGAUGAGGAAAGGAAUUCCUAUUCCUAAUGAUGCGGAUGAUGACUUGGAAAUGAAAUCUAAAGAAGUUUUUGAAGACGAAGAUGCCAUAUGGACCAAUAGUGAAAGCGAUAGUUAUUUAAAUCCGAACGGAUCAGGAGGUGAUUCAUCGUCGAGUAGUAGCACGAGUAGUUACAGCAGCGGAAGUGAUGAGGCCUCAAAAAAGAAAAAGAAGAGAAAAACAGCAAAAAAGAGAAAGAGGACAUCCUCUACAACCAGCAGCAGUAGCUCAUCGGAGUCAUCUUCUGAGGAGGAGCCUUCAAAAGAACACAAAACAGAAAAUGAAGCCUUACUUGAAUACAGAAAAAGAUUAAAGCAAGAAUUAGAAAAACAAUUACAACAACACAAGGAAGAAGAGGAAGCUGCAAUGAAACAGUUAUCAUCAUCAAAUCAGCAAGCUAAAGAAACCAAUCAGAGUGAAAAAGCUCACACAAAGAAUGAGGACUCAACAACAGCAACCACAUGGCAGACAACACAAGGUGAAAGACGAUUAGGAUCGUCAACAUCUACUCUGCCAAGAGCCCAACAAGACACUGCAUCAAGCUCUGCAUCAGGCGCACCAUCCACUGCGAAACGAGGUAUUGAGAUGGCAGCUGAACGAAUGGCUCAAGAACAAAGAUUUUCUCAAACUCGACGUUAUGGAGGAAAUAAUGACAGAAAAUCGUACGACAAACAAUCUCUUCGGGAUCUUUCUGUGAAUGAGAGUCGUGAAGGAUCGUCAUCUUCUACAUCAUCCCAAAGAUCAGCUCCACCUCCAAGGGCCUAUCAAUCCAACCGAUAUGGUCGAGUUAAAGAUGACACCAAAGAGUAA